UUCCCCCUCCCAGUCGAACACAUUGUUCUCCACUCCGCACAGGCCCGGUAGAGGAACUGGAUGGUUUGAAGCCCCGGUUUAGUUUACGGUGAAAGGAGAAGACAAGACAGGCGUCGGCACGCGCGGAUUUACCGUUUUAACGGCAGAGAAGCAGGGCAGCGAGGGAGGAAGGACGUCCUGUCCUGUACGCGAGUCUGCUGGUAGACAUGAUGCUAUGACCAGGGCUGGAACGGAGGCUCGGGCGCAGACACACAUCACUACCGGCCCCGCGAGACAGACCAACCCGCCUAACAGCCUGGCGGGAGAGACAGGGGUAGAGCCGUGUCUAGAUGGCCCCGCGGCCAUCUUCGGGGGAACUAUGGGGCCUACACCUCAUGCCCCCCAGGAUCCUGGUGGACUGCUGUCUGCCCAACGGCAUGCUGGUUAGUCUGGAGUGUCUCAGAGAGGCGCCACUCACCAAUAUCAAACAACAGCUGUUCACAGAGGCCCGGAAAUACCCCCUAUAUCACCUACUACAGGAGGAGUCGUGUUACAUCUUUGUGGGCGUGACCCAGGAGGCGGAGAGAGAGGAGUUUUAUGACGAGACGCGCCGUCUGUGUGACCUCCGACUCUUCCACCCCAUCCUCAAGGUCAUUGAACCGCUGGGCAACCGAGAGGAGAAGAUCCUCAACAGAGAGAUAGGUUUUGCGAUAGGCAUGCCCAUCUGUGAGUUUGAGCAGCUGAAGGACCCUGAGGUUCAGGACUUCAGAAGGAGCAUACUGGGCGUGUGCAGAGAGGCUAUGGAGGAGAGGGAAGGAGGCGGGGCUGACACACAGGCCCUCUAUGUGUACCCCCCCAACGUGGAGUCAGCCCCCGAGCUGCCACAACACAUCUUCUGCAAACUGGACAAGGGUCGUCUGAUAGUCACUAUCUGGGUGAUUGUCUCUCCCUCCAACUCUAAACAGAAGUACACUCUAAAGAUCAGCCAUGACAGUCUGCCUGAACAACUUAUAGCAGAGGCCAUCAGGAAGAAGACUAGGUCUAUGCACCUGUCGGCCCAGCAGCUGAGGCUGUGUGUUCAGGAAUACCAGGGGCAGUACAUCCUGAAGGUCUGUGGAUGUGAUGAAUACCUGCUGGAGAAAUACCCCCUCAGUCAGUACAAGUAUAUCCGUAGCUGUAUAACAGUAGGCCGCCUACCCCACCUGAUGUUAGUGUCAAAAGACAGUCUGUACAGCCAGCUCCCAGGCAGUGGGUUUGUAGCUCCCUCCUACAGUCGGCGGACCCCCCAGCCCAGCCCCUGUCCUGGGGGGGGAGAUCCCAGCUCACCACGCUCUCUCUGGGCCUUCAACACCCUUCUGAGGGUCCGUCUGCUCUGUGCUACAUACGUCAACGUCAACAUCAGAGACAUUGACAAGAUUUAUGUUAGAACUGGUAUCUAUCAUGGAGGAGAGCCGCUGUGUGACAACGUCAACACCCAGAGAGUACCCUGCUCCAACCCCAGGUGGAAUGAGUGGCUGUCCUAUGACAUCUACAUGACGGACCUCCCUCACUCCGCCAGACUCUGUCUCUCCAUCUGCAGCGUCAAGGGACGCAAGGGAGCCAAAGAGGAGCACUGCCCGCUGGCGUGGGGUAACGUGAACUUGUUUGACUACAAGGACACGUUAGUGUGUGGAAAAGUAGCGCUCAGCCUGUGGCCAGUUCCUCACGGUUUGGAGGACCUGCUCAAUCCUAUAGGAGUGGCUGGAUCCAACCCUAACAAGGAGACUCCAUGUGUUGAACUAGAGUUCUCAUGGUUCAACCAGGUGGUUCUGUUUCCUGAUGAACAGCAGAUAGAAGAACACGCCAACUGGACCAUCUCUAGAGAACUGGGCUACAACUACUGUCUAGGACUGAGUAGCAGGCUGGCGUGUGACAGUAGUGUAUCAGCGGCGGAUGGUGAGCAGCUCAGGUCUCUCUGUAGCAGAGACCCUCUCUAUGAGCUGUCUGAACAGGAGAAGGACUUUCUCUGGAGACACAGACAUUACUGUGUGAACAUUCCAGAGUCUCUUCCUAAGCUGCUGCUGUCAGUCAAAUGGAACUCUAGAGACGAGUGGUCACAGAUGUACUGUUUAUUGCGUGACUGGCCCCUGAUGCAACCAGAGAGUGCCCUGGAGCUGUUGGACUGUAACUUCCCUGACCCCAUGGUUCGAGAGUUCGCCCUGCGUUGCCUCGUACAGGGCCUCACUGAUGACAAGCUCAGCCAGUACCUCCUACAGUUAGUACAGGUGUUGAAGUAUGAGAUGUACCUGGACAACCCUCUGGCCAGGUUCCUCAUUAAGAAAGCUCUGACCAACCAGAGGAUAGGACAUUUCUUCUUCUGGCAUCUCAAGUCAGAGAUGCACAAUAAGACUGUGUCCAGGAGGUUUGGUCUGCUGUUGGAAGCGUUUUGUAGAGCCUGUGGGAUGUACCUCAAACACCUCAACAGACAGGUGGAGGCGAUGGAUAAACUGGUGAACCUCACAGACACACUGAAACAGGAGAAGAAAGAUGAGACACAGAAAACCCAGAUGAAGUUCCUGGUAGAACACAUGUCGAGGCCAGACUACAUGGAGUCUCUACAAGGCUUCGUCUCUCCUCUGAACCCUGUUCACCAGCUAGGAAACCUCAGGUUAGAGGAGUGUAGGAUCAUGUCUUCAGCGAAGCGUCCUCUGUGGCUGAACUGUGUUCCCUCCCUCCCCAGGUUAGAGGAGUGUAGGAUCAUGUCAUCAGCGAAGCGUCCUCUGUGGCUGAACUGUGUUCCCUCCCUCCCCAGGUUAGAGGAGUGUAGGAUCAUGUCUUCAGCGAAGCGUCCUCUGUGGCUGAACUGUGUUCCCUCCCUCCCCAGGUUAGAGGAGUGUAGGAUCAUGUCAUCAGCGAAGCGUCCUCUGUGGCUGAACUGGGAUAACCCUGACAUCAUGAGUGAACUCCUGUUUACUAACAACGAGGUCAUCUUCAAGAACGGAGAUGAUCUACGUCAGGACAUGUUGACUCUGCAGAUUAUUAAAAUAAUGGAGAAUAUCUGGCAGAACCAGGGAUUGGACCUAAGGAUGUUACCGUAUGGCUGUCUGUCUAUAGGGGACUGUGUGGGGCUGAUAGAGGUGGUGAAGAACAGCUUUACCAUCAUGCAGAUCCAGUGUAAAGGAGGCCUGAAGGGGGCGUUGCAGUUCAACAGCAACACACUGCACCACUGGAUUAAGGACAAGAACAAAGGAGAGGGGUAUGACCGAGCGAUAGACCUGUUCACCAGGUCCUGUGCCGGGUACUGCGUAGCCACCUUCAUCCUGGGUAUAGGAGACAGACACAACUCCAACAUCAUGGUCAAGGAGAACGGACAGCUGUUCCAUAUAGACUUUGGCCACUUCCUGGAUCAUAAGAAGAAGAAGUUUGGCUAUAAGAGAGAGCGAGUUCCCUUCGUUCUGACACAAGACUUCCUGAUCGUCAUCAGUAAGGGAGUCCAGGAGUGUACCAAGACCAAAGAGUUUGAGAGGUUCCAGGAGAUGUGUUACAAGGCGUACCUAUCCAUCCGCCAGCAUGCCUCUCUGUUCAUCAACCUGUUCUCCCUGCUGCUGGGCUGUGGCAUGCCUGAACUACAGUCCUUUGAUGACAUUGCUUACCUGAGGAAGACCCUCGCUUUGGAGAAGAGCCAGCAGGAGGCUCUGGAGUACUUCACCAAGCAAAUGAACGAUGCACAUCAUGGAGGAUGGACCACGAAGAUGGACUGGAUCUUCCACACUAUCAGACACAUGCCCAACGAACACUGACACACACACACACACCACACACACACACCUCGCAGAGAGAGAGAGAGAGAGAGUCACACACACACACACACACACACACACACACACACACACACACACACACACACACACACACACACACACACACACACACACACACACACACACAGAGAGAGAGAGAGACACACAUACACACUCCUAUUUGAUAAGAAGGCGCAAUAAUCAUUAUGUUAGUACCAACAGUAGCUAAAACAUUCUGAUACAAACAUUCCCCCUCCCAUCAACACACCUUCUCCCUCCCAUCAACACACCUUCUCCCUCCCAUCAACACACCUUCUCCCUCCCAUCAACACACCUUCUCCCUCCCAUCAACACACCUUCUCCCUCCCAUCAACACACCUUCUCCCUCCCAUCAACACACCUUCUUCUUCCCAUCAACACACCUUCUCCCUCCCAUCAACACACCUUCUCCCUCCCAUCAACACACCUUCUCCCUCCCACACCUUCUCCCUCCCAUCAACACACCUUCUCCCUCCCAUCAACACACCUUCUCCCUCCCAUCAACACACCUUCUCCCUCCCAUCAACACACCUUCUCCCUCCCAUCAACACACCUUCUCCCUCCCAUCAACACACCUUCUCCCUCCCAUCAACACACCUUCUCCCUCCCAUCAACACACCUUCUCCCUCCCAUCAACACACCUUCUCCCUCCCAUCAACACACCUUCUCCCUCCCAUCAACACACCUUCUUCUUCCCAUCAACACACCUUCCCCCUCCCAUCAACACACCUUCUCCCUCCCAUCAACACACCUUCUCCCUCCCAUCAACACACCUUCUUCUUCCCAUCAACACACCUUCUCCCUCCCAUCAACACACCUUCUCCCUCCCAUCAACACACCUUCUCCCUCCCAUCAACACACCUUCUCCCUCCCAUCAACACACCUUCUCCCUCCCAUCAACACACCUUCUCCCUCCCACACCUUCUCCCUCCCAUCAACACACCUUCUCCCUCCCAUCAACACACCUUCUCCCUCCCAUCAACACACCUUCCCCCUCCCAUCAACACACCUUCUCCCUCCCAUCAACACACCUUCUCCCUCCCAUCAACACACCUUCUUCUUCCCAUCAACACACCUUCCCCCUCCCAUCAACACACCUUCUCCCUCCCAUCAACACACCUUCUCCCUCCCAUCAACACACCUUCUCCCUCCCAUCAACACACCUUCUUCUUCCCAUCAACACACCUUCUCCCUCCCAUCAACACACCUUCUCCCUCCCAUCAACACACCUUCUCCCUCCCAUCAACACACCUUCUCCCUCCCAUCAACACACCUUCUCCCUCCCAUCAACACACCUUCUCCCUCCCAUCAACACACCUUCUCCCUCCCAUCAACACACCUUCUCCCUCCCACACCUUCUCCCUCCCAUCAACACACCUUCUCCCUCCCACACCUUCCCCCUCCCAUCAACACACCUUCUCCCUCCCACACCUUCUCCCUCCCAUCAACACACCUUCUCCCUCCCACACCUUCCCCCUCCCCUCCCAUAAACACAUGUUCCCCGGGCUGUUGUGGUGACCGUAUUACCGCCACAUCGGAAGUCAUGAGUCAUGACCACAGUAAAAUUCAAUGGUAAUCUCCUCUUAUGUACUCUGGACAUGUUAGACGUACCCAAAUCGCUAACGACCAUCAGGUCCUAACGGCCUGGUACUCAGGGCUCUAUUGUCCCUCCAUCAGGUCCUAAGGGCCUGGUACUCAGGGCUCUAUUGUCCCUCCAUCAGGUCCUAAGGGCCUGGUACUCAGGGCUCUAUUGUCCCUCCAUCAGGUCCUAAUGACCUGGUACUCAGGGCUCUAUUGUUCCUCCAUCAGGUCCUAAGGGCCUGGUACUCAGGGCUCUAUUGUCCCUCCAUCAGGUCCUAAUGACCUGGUACUCUGGGCUCUAUUGUACCUCCAUCAGGUCCUAAUGACCUGGUACUCGGGGCUCUAUUGUCCCUCCAUCAGGUCCUAAUGGCCUGGUACUCAGGGCUCUAUUGUUCCUCCAUCAGGUCCUAAUGGCCUGGUACUCAGGGCUCUAUUGUCCCUCCAUCAGGUCCUAAUGGCCUGGUACUCAGGGCUCUAUUGUCCCUCCAUCAGGUCCUAAUGACCUGGUACUCAGGGCUCUAUUGUCCCUCCAUCAGGUCCUAAUGGCCUGGUAAUCAGGGCUCUAUUGUCCCUUCAUCAGGUCCUAAUGACCUGGUACUCAGGGCUCUAUUGUCCCUCCAUCAGGUCCUAAUGGCCUGGUACUCAGAGCUCUAUUGUCCCUCCAUCAGGUCCUAAUGGCCUGGUACUCAGGGCUCUAUUGUCCCUCCAUCAGGUCCUAAUGGCCUGGUACUCAGGGCUCUAUUGUUCCUCCAUCAGGUCCUAAGGGCCUGGUACUCAGGGCUCUAUUGUCCCUCCAUCAGGUCCUAAUGGCCUGGUACUCAGGGCUCUAUUGUAACGGCAACUAAAGUUGGGCUUGUAUAUGUGAUGGAUUGCAGACCAGGCAGUGUGCAGUAGACUGUAUAGUUUGCAGUACGGUUAGCCUAGUUAGCUAGCUACUGCGGUUAGCCACCUAGCAUGCUAGCUCGUUGAGAAACACUCAGAAGUAUAUUAGAGAUGAUUAUAGGCCUACUGUAUAUGAGCCCAGGACCAUAAUAACAUUUGAAUUAAAAUAAUGAUUGUUCCCUUAUACAAUACAUAGCCUAUUGCAUAUUACGCACGGCAGAAAAAAAACUUUAAAAAAAAAUGAUUUAAGAUGUCUUUGGUACAUAAUUGGUCUAUCCUAUUCUCCGAAAGUAAACACAUUCUAGUAACGGCCUUUCAAUGUGGGUUGUAUUAUUAUUCAUCCUGGGUGGACUGGUUACCUGACGCUACACUCCGAACCUUCUAUCCUGGGAGAGUACAGGCCUCGGUCAUGCUGUUGGGUCAUUGAUUGUGCAAGGUGGCUUACAAAAGUCGGCCUACAAUUAUAGUGAAUUUGUAUUUGAUUUUGAACAGCCUGGUAAAAGGGCAUUUUUAUACUUUCAUCAUUUAAUAGUCUUACACAUGUCCUUUAACUAGAGAAUAUCUCACCACUGUGUUUCUCCAUCUCUUCCCUCUCUCUCCUUCAGUCCUUUCUCAAGCGUGCAGAGGGGCUGUCAACAGCUUAAUUCACUAUGUUUUGUUGUGAAAACAUGUUACUAUCGAUGUUACUCCCGAACAGAUUUCACUUGGUUUCCCAAAUUAAUCACUGGGUAGCUGCAGGAACAGGGUAGGAGAGCCCAUGGCAUACAGAGUACUGGGUAGCUGCAGGAACAGGGUAGGGAGAGCCCAUGGCAUACAGAGUACUGGGUAGGAACAGGGUAGGAGAGCCCAUGGCAUACAGAGUACUGGGUAGCUGCAGGAACAGGGUUGGAGAGACCAUGGCAUACAGAGUACUGGGUAGCUGCAGGAACAGGGUUGGAGAGCCCAUGGCAUACAGAGUACUGGGUAGCUGCAGGAACAGGGUUGGAGAGACCAUGGCAUACAGAGUACUGGGUAGCUGCAGGAACAGGGUAGGAGAGACCAUGGCAUACAGAGUACUGGGUAGCUGCAGGAACAGGGUUGGAGAGACCAUGGCAUACAGAGUACUGGGUAGCUGCAGGAACAGGGUUGGAGAGACCAUGGCAUACAGAGUACUGGGUAGGAAACAGGGUAGGAGAGACCAUGGCAUACAGAGUACUGGGUAGCUGUAGGAACAGGGUUGGAGAGCCCAUGGCAUACAGAGUACUGGGCAGGAACAGGGUUGGAGAGACCAUGGCAUACAGAGUACUGGGUAGGAACAGGGUUGGAGAGACCAUGGCAUACAGAGUACUGGGUAGCUGCAGGAACAGGGUUGGAGAGACCAUGGCAUACAGAGUACUGGGUAGGAACAGGGUUGGAGAGACCAUGGCAUACAGAGUACUGGGUAGCUGCAGGAACAGGGUUGGAGAGACCAUGGCAUACAGAGUACUGGGUAGCUGUAGGAACAGGGUAGGAGAGACCAUGGCAUACAGAGUACUGGGUAGCUGCAGGAACAGGGUAGGAGAGACCAUGGCAUACAGAGUACUGGGUAGCUGCAGGAACAGGGUAGGAGAGCCCAUGGCAUACAGAGUACUGGGUAGCUGCAGGAACAGGGUUGGAGAGCCCAUGGCAUACAGAGUACUGGGUAGCUGCAGGAACAGGGUUGGAGAGCCCAUGGCAUACAGAGUACUGGGUAGCUGCAGGAACAGGGUUGGAGAGACCAUGGCAUACAGAGUACUGGGUAGCUGCAGGAACAGGGUUGGAGAGACCAUGGCAUACAGAGUACUGGGUAGGAAACAGGGUAGGAGAGACCAUGGCAUACAGAGUACUGGGUAGCUGUAGGAACAGGGUUGGAGAGCCCAUGGCAUACAGAGUACUGGGCAGGAACAGGGUUGGAGAGACCAUGGCAUACAGAGUACUGGGUAGCUGUAGGAACAGGGUUGGAGAGCCCAUGGCAUACAGAGUACUGGGCAGGAACAGGGUUGGAGAGGCCAUGGCAUACAGAGUACUGGGUAGCUGCAGGAACAGGGUUGGAGAGACCAUGGCAUACAGAGUACUGGGUAGGAACAGGGUUGGAGAGACCAUGGCAUACAGAGUACUGGGUAGGAACAGGGUUGGAGAGACCAUGGCAUACAGAGUACUGGGUAGGAACAGGGUUGGAGAGACCAUGGCAUACAGAGUACUGGGUAGCUGCAGGAACAGGGUUGGAGAGACCAUGGCAUACAGAGUACUGGGCAGGAACAGGGUAGGAGAGACCAUGGCAUACAGAGUACUGGGUAGCUGCAGGAACAGGGUUGGAGAGACCAUGGCAUACAGAGUACUGGGUAGCUGCAGGAACAGGGUAGGAGAGCCCAUGGCAUACAGAGUACUGGGUAGGAACAGGGUAGGAGAGCCCAUGGCAUACAGAGUACUGGGCAGGAACAGGGUUGGAGAGGCCAUGGCAUACAGAGUACUGGGUAGCUGCAGGUACAGGGUAGGAGAGACCAUGGCAUACAGAGUACUGGGUAGGAACAGGGUAGGAGAGACCAUGGCAUACAGAGUACUGGGUAGCUGCAGGAACAGGGUAGGAGAGCCCAUGGCAUACAGAGUACUGGGUAGGAACAGGGUUGGAGAGACCAUGGCAUACAGAGUACUGGGUAGGAACAGGGUAGGAGAGACCAUGGCAUACAGAGUACUGGGUAGGAACAGGGUAGGAGAGACCAUGGCAUACAGAGUACUGGGUAGCUGCAGGAACAGGGUAGGAGAGACCAUGGCAUACAUAGUACUGGGUAGCUGCAGGAACAGGGUAGGAGAGACCAUGGCAUACAGAGUACUGGGUAGCUGCAGGAACAGGGUAGGAGAGACCAUGGCAUACAGAGUACUGGGUAGGAACAGGGUUGGAGAGACCAUGGCACACAGAGUACUGGGUAGGAACAGGGUUGGAGAGACCAUGGUAUACAGAGUACUGGGUAGCUGCAGGAACAGGGUAGGAGAGACCAUGGCAUACAGAGUACUGGGUAGGAACAGGGUUGGAGAGACCAUGGCAUACAGAGUACUGGGUAGCUGCAGGAACAGGGUAGGAGAGACCAUGGCAUACAGAGUACUGGGUAGGAACAGGGUAGGAGAGACCAUGGCAUACAGAGUACUGGGUAGCUGCAGGAACAGGGUAGGAGAGACCAUGGCAUACAGAGUACUGGGUAGGAACAGGGUUGGAGAGACCAUGGCAUACAGAGUACUGGGUAGCUGCAGGAACAGGGUUGGAGAGCCCAUGGCAUACAGAGUACUGGGUAGCUGUAGGAACAGGGUAGGAGAGACCAUGGCAUACAGAGUACUGGGUAGCUGCAGGAACAGGGUAGGAGAGACCAUGGCAUACAGAGUACUGGGUAGGAACAGGGUAGGAGAGACCAUGGCAUACAGAGUACUGGGUAGCUGCAGGAACAGGGUAGGAGAGACCAUGGCAUACAGAGUACUGGGUAGCUGCAGGAACAGGGUUGGAGAGACCAUGGCAUACAGAGUACUGGGUAGGAACAGGGUUGGAGAGACCAUGGCAUACAGAGUACUGGGUAGCUGCAGGAACAGGGUUGGAGAGACCAUGGCAUACAGAGUACUGGGUAGGAACAGGGUUGGAGAGACCAUGGCGUACAGAGUACUGGGUAGCUGCAAGAACAGGGUUGGAGAGACCGUGGCAUACAGAGUACUGGGUAGGAACAGGGUUGGAGAGACCAUGGCGUACAGAGUACUGGGUAGCUGCAGGAACAGGGUUGGAGAGACCAUGGCAUACAGAGUACUGGGUAGGAACAGGGUAGGAGAGACCAUGGCAUACAGAGUACUGGGUAGGAACAGGGUUGGAGAGACCAUGGCAUACAGAGUACUGGGUAGCUGCAGGAACAGGGUUGGAGAGACCAUGGCGUACAGAGUACUGGGUAGCUGUAGGAACAGGGUUGGAGAGACCAUGGCAUACAGAGUACUGGGUAGGAUCAGGGUAGGAGAGACCAUGGCAUACAGAGUACUGGGUAGCUGCAGGAACAGGGUAGGAGAGACCAUGGCAUACAGAGUACUGGGUAGCUGCAGGAACAGAGUUGGAGAGCCCAUGGCAUACAGAUUACUGGGUAGGAACAGGGUUGGAGAGACCAUGGCAUACAGAGUACUGGGUAGCUGCAGGAACAGGGUAGGAGAGACCAUGGCAUACAGAGUACUGGGCAGGAACAGGGUUGGAGAGACCAUGGCAUACAGAGUACUGGGUAGGAACAGGGUUGGAGAGACCAUGGCAUACAGAGUACUGGGUAGGAACAGGAACAGGGUUGGAGAGGCCAUGGCAUACAGAGUACUGGGUAGGAACAGGGUAGGAGAGACCAUGGCAUACAGAGUACUGGGUAGGAACAGGGUUGGAGAGACCAUGGCAUACAGAGUACUGGGUAGGAACAGGGUUGGAGAGACCAUGGCAUACAGAGUACUGGGUAGCUGCAGGAACAGGGUUGGAGAGGCCAUGGCAUACAGAGUACUGGGUAGGAACAGGGUAGGAGAGACCAUGGCAUACAGAGUACUGGGUAGAUACAGGAACAGAGUUGGAGAGACCAUGGCAUACAGAGUACUGGGUAGGAACAGGGUAGGAGAGACCAUGGCAUACAGAGUACUGGGUAGCUGCAGGAACAGGGUUGGAGAGACCAUGGCGUACAGAGUACUGGGUAGGAACAGGGUAGGAGAGACCAUGGCAUACAGAGUACUGGGUAGGAACAGGGUAGGAGAGACCAUGGCAUACAGAGUACUGGGUAGCUGCAGGAACAGGAUUGGAGAGACCAUGGCGUACAGAGUACUGGGUAGCUGCAGGAACAGGGUUGGAGAGACCAUGGCAUAUAGAGUACUGGGCAGGAACAGGGUAGGAGAGACCAUGGCAUACAGAGUACUGGGUAGCUGCAGGAACAGGGUAGGAGAGACCAUGGCAUACAGAGUACUGGGUAGCUGCAAGAACAGGGUUGGAGAGACCAUGGUAUACAGAGUACUGGGUAGCUGCAGGAACAGGGUAGGAGAGACCAUGCCAUACAGAGUACUGGGUAGGAACAGGGUAGGAGAGACCAUGGCAUACAGAGUACUGGGUAGAUACAGGAACAGGGUUGGAGAGACCAUGGCAUACAGAGUACUGGGUAGGAACAGGGUAGGAGAGACCAUGGCAUACAGAGUACUGGGUAGGAACAGGGUAGGAGAGACCAUGGCAUACAGAGUACUGGGCGGAAUAUCACCUGCUGCAUAGCGAGAGGCAGUGUGCUCCUCAAACAGCGGUAGAUUUAGGGAGUGAAAUGUGUUCCCAGACAUUUCUAUAUGGAAUCAAGCCGUGUUGAUGGGUGCCACUGAGAAGAGGAUCCCAGCUGCUACUAUUAACCACCUGCUCUGCUAUUAAACCAGAGUAGCCUAAACCCGCGUGACUGAAGAGGAAGGAGGAGCCUCCGUUCACACGGAGGAUCUGUGUUUAUCCUCUUGUUCCUGGCCAUUUCACAGUGGGCCAUUCUAAAUCUAAACUCAGUUUACAUAUUAGUAAAGACAAGAUUACAUUGAGACUAGGCUGCACACGUCCUCUCAUCAUGUCAUCAUAUUUUCACCCAUCACCCAUCAAAUCAUAGUCUCAGACACACACUGUUCCUGCCUAGAUAAUAUUACUCUCUCUCUUGGAAGACACCCAGACACACACUGUUCCUGCCUAGAUAAUAUUACUCUCUCUCUCUCUUGGAAGAAACACACAGACACACACUGUUCCUGCCUAGAUAAUAUUACUCUCUCUCUCUCUUGGAAGACACACACUGUUCCUGCCUAGAUAAUAUUACUCUCUCUCUCUCUUGGAAGACACACACUGUUCCUGCCUAGAUAAUAUUACUCUCUCUCGGAAGACCCCCAGACACACACUGUUCCUGCCUAGAUAAUAUUACUCUCUCUCUUGGAAGACACACACAGACACACACUGUUCCUGCCUAGAUAAUAUUACUCUCUCUCUCUUGGAAGACACACACAGACACACACUGUUCCUGCCUAGAUAAUAUUACUCUCUCUCUCUCUUGGAAGACACACACAGACACACACUGUUCCUGCCUAGAUAAUAUUACUCUCUCUCUCUCUUGGAAGACACACACAGACACACACUGUUCCUGCCUAGAUAAUAUUACUCUCUCUCUCUUGGAAGACACCCAGACACACACUGUUCCUGCCUAGAUAAUAUUACUCUCUCUCUCUCUUGGAAGACACACAGACACACACUUCCUGCCUAGAUAAUAUUACUCUCUCUCUCUUGGAAGACACACACAGACACACACACUUCCUGCCUAGAUAAUAUUACUCUCUCUCUCUCUUGGAAGACACACAGACACACAUUGUUCCUGCCUAGAUAAUAUUACUCUCUCUCUCUCUUGGAAGACACCCAGACACACACUGUUCCUGCCUAGAUAAUAUUACUCUCUCUCUCUUGGAAGACACACAGACACACACAGUUCCUGCCUAGAUAAUAUUACUCUCUCUCAGACACAAUGUUAGGGUGAUGGUUGAUGUGAGUUAGGGUAAUGAUGUCAGUUAGGGUAAUGUUAGGGUAAUGAUGUCAGUUAGGGUAAUGUUGUCAGUUAGGGUAAUGAUGUCAGUUGGGGUAAUGUUAGGGUAAUGAUGUCAGUUAGGGUAAUGUUAGGGUAAUGAUGUCAGUUAGGGUAAUGAUGUCAGUUAGGGUAAUGAUGUCAGUUAGGGUAAUGAUGUCAGUUAGGGUAAUGAUGUCAGUUGGGGCAAUGUUAGGGUAAUGAUGUCAGUUAGGGUAAUGUUAGGGUAAUGAUGUCAGUUAGGGUAAUGUUAGGGUAAUGAUGUCAGUUAGGGCAAUGAUGUCAGUUAGGGUAAUGUUAGGGUAAUGAUGUCAGUUAGGGUAAUGUUAGGGUAAUGAUGUCAGUUAGGGUAAUGUUGUCAGUUAGGGUAAUGAUGUCAGUUAGGGUAAUGAUGUCAGUUAGGGUAAUGAUGUCAGUUAGGGUAAUGAUGUCAGUUAGGGUAAUGUUAGGGUAAUGAUGUCAGUUAGGGUAAUGAUGUCAGUUAGGGUAAUGUUAGGGUAAUGAUGUCAGUUAGGGUAAUGUUAGGGUAAUGAUGUCAGUUAGGGUAAUGUUGUCAGUUAGGGUAAUGAUGUCAGUUAGGGUAAUGAUGUCAGUUAGGGUAAUGAUGUCAGUUAGGGUAAUGAUGUCAGUUAGGGUAAUGUUAGGGUAAUGAUGUCAGUUAGGGUAAUGAUGUCAGUUAGGGUAAUGUUAGGGUAAUGAUGUCAGUUAGGGUAAUGGUAGGGUAAUGAUGUCAGUUAGGGUAAUGAUGUCAGUUAGGGUAAUGUUAGGGUGAUGGUUGAUGUCAGUUAGGGUAAUGAUGUCAGUUAGGGUAAUGAUGUCAGUUAGGGUAAUGAUGUCAGUUAGGGUAAUGUUAGGGUAAUGAUGUCAGUUAGGGUAAUGUUGUCAGUUAGGGUAAUGAUGUCAGUUAGGGUAAUGUUAGGGUAAUGAUGUCAGUUAGGGUAAUGAUGUCAGUUAGGGUAAUGAUGUCAGUUAGGGUAAUGAUGUCAGUUAGGGUAAUGAUGUCAGUUAGGGUAAUGUUGUCAGUUAGGGUAAUGAUGUCAGUUAGGGUAAUGUUGUCAGUUAGGGUAAUGAUGUCAGUUAGGGUAAUGAUGUCAGUUAGGGUAAUGAUGUCAGUUAGGGUAAUGUUGUCAGUUAGGGUAAUGUUGUCAGUUAGGGUAAUGUUAGGGUAAUGUUGUCAGUUAGGGUAAUGUUGUCAGUUAGGGUGAUGGUGUCAGUUAGGGUAAUGUUGUCAGUUAGGGUAAUGUUGUCAGUUAGGGUAAUGUUGUCAGUUAGGGUAAUGAUGUCAGUUAGGGUAAUGUUAGUGUAAUGAUGUCAGUUAGGGUAAUGAUGUCAGUUAGGGUAAUGAUGUCAGUUAGGGUAAUGAUGUCAGUUAGGGUAAUGUUAGGGUAAUGAUGUCAGUUAGGGUAAUGUUGUCAGUCAGGGUAAUGUUAGGGUAAUGAUGUCAGUUAGGGUAAUGAUGUCAGUUAAGGUAAUGUUGUCAGUUAGGGUAAUGUUGUCAGUUAGGGUAAUGAUGUCAGUUAGGGUAAUGUUAGGGUAAUGAUGUCAGUUAGGGUAAUGAUGUCAGUUAAGGUAAUGUUGUCAGUUAGGGUAAUGUUGUCAGUUAGGGUAAUGAUGUCAGUUAGGGUAAUGUUAGGGUAAUGAUGUCAGUUAGGGUAAUGUUAAGGUAAUGUUGUCAGUUAGGGUAAUGUUGUCAGUUAGGGUAAUGAUGUCAGUUAGGGUAAUGAUGUCAGUUAGGGUAAUGUUAGGGUAAUGAUGUCAGUUAGGGUAAUGGUGGUAGAAGUCGUAGAGAGGGGAUGUAUUGAGAGAUUGUUUAGAGAGGAUGGAUGGUGGGUGUUGUGUAGGUUGUCGCUCGGGUCGUUUUUUGAUCCUCAGGGUUUGGCAAAGGUCAAAGGUUGCUGCCGCAACAAAGCCAAAGGCAUCAUGGGAAAAUAUCUGACUUGCACUGAAACAGAAAAUAAUGUUGAGAAGAUAAACUUAAUCAUGAUCGUCUCUCGAUCAUCUUCCUGAUCAGUUUAAUAUAAAAGCCUUUCUGUCCUUGUUUGAGAGACUGUGUUCGACUUGACCCAGCGUUAUUGAUAACCAGGGUAUUGAUAACUAGGGUAUUGAUAACCAGGGUAUUGAUAACCAGGGUAUUGAUAACCAGGGUAUUGAUAACCAGGGUAUUGAUAACUAGGGUAUUGAUAACCAGGGUAUUGAUAACCAGGGUAUUGAUAACCAGGGUAUUGAUAACUAGGGUAUUGAUAACCAGGGUAUUGAUAACUAGGGUAUUGAUAACUAGGGUAUUGAUAACCAGGGUAUUGAUUACCAGGGUAUUGAUUACCAGGGUAUUGAUAACUAGGGUAUUGAUAACCAGGGUAUUGAUAACCAGGGUAUUGAUAACCAGGGUAUUGAUAACCAGGGUAUUGAUUACCAGGGUAUUGAUAACCAGGGUAUUGAUAACUAGGGUAUUGAUAACUAGGGUAUUGAUAACCAGGGUAUUGAUAACCAGGGUAUUGAUUACCAGGAGACUGAAGGAGUCACUGUGAGUGCAGUAAGCUCUGCACACAACACACAGAACUUAACUAGUCCCCCAUCCCACAACUAACUUAACUAGUCCCCCAUUCCACAACUCACUUAACUAGUUCCCCAUUCCACAGCUAACUUUACUAGUCAAUAGUCAGCGGGUCUAAACUAGUCAGGACGGGUCUAACCAGAGGAUUUUCUGUAAACUCGUCUACGUUAAAGUCCUGUGUGUCCUGCGUGUGAGAGCUCUGUCAAUAUGAAUAACGUUAUCAGGGAUGUCAUUCUGACAAUCUCAGAGAUACCUUACGAGGUCAACAAUUAAUAAGGUUUUCUGACUAAACUCAACCGUGAUAUUGUAGAUAUGAGUUAUUUAAAAUCCUCCACUAACCGGUCCGUUGUAGAAAAAGACGAACCGUUCAUCUCCACAGCGCCGUAGUUGCCGUAGUUACACAGUAUGACCACCCAAUCGGAAGGGUGCGAAUAUAAAACGUGUUUAUUCCCGAAAAGGAUCAAUCAUUAUGAUUUAUUAAAUCGCUUCUGUGGCUCUGGUGUUUUUAUAUCAAUGUGAUGAUUGAUUACUGAAGUCAUGACGUGUGGUUUUCAUUUGUGAUGAGUUUAGUAGCUGAAGAUCUGCUUGGUUAAGUGGAGUGGAAAAACGUCAUUACAUUUCUUUGGGGUCGAUAUCCUACAUAUUCAUUGAUCGAUCCCCUGGUAGAUCAUCAAUAACAUCCAUUUAGUUAAUGCAUGAGUAAUUUAUUGGAAUAUAAAUAUAUUCUUUUUGAGUAAUAAACACCUGACAAACAAGCAAUAGUACUCUUCAGAGGUUAUAGCCACUGAGCUAUGGUUAUAACUGGUUACAAGGGCCCUAAGGCAAGUUAUUAGCGGUCGUAGCAUAUGUGGUCAGUGAGGUGUGUUUUGAGAAUCGCUGUACUGUAUUUUGAUAAAGUUUGUAUUCUGGUAGGUGGGUGUGGCGCCCCCUGGUGGCCAGGGAGGGCAAAGCCUGCAUGUCCAUUCUAAUGUUUCUAGUGUAUUUAAUAAACAUUUUACAACCUCGA